UUAGAACCUGCUGGACCAGAUGGUUUGAGGUCCUUUCUAAGACGGCCUACUGUCUUAAAACCUUUCCCUCCCGACUCCUGAUAAAGACGACCACUUCCUGCCCAGCUCCACUUCAGGAGACAGACAUCCAUGUGUUGGGACGACACCACACAGACUUCCAGUUACCAUGACGGCAAAGAUGGUUGUCCAACAGCCGCGGCCCUUUGUGGUGGCCACUGACUCCACUCAGUGGAGCUCUGGCAUCUGCGAUUGUGGGAGAGAUCCAGCUCACUGCUGCUUUGCAUUCUGGUGCUUCCCGUGCUUCGCCUGCAAGACGGCGUCGGACUACGGGGAGUGUCUCUGUCUGCCAAUCCUGGACGCCUUCGGUCUCAUUCCACCCAUCACACUGGCGAUGAGGGUGUCCAUGCGCCACCGCUACGGCAUCACGGGGAACAUCUGUGAUGACUGUGUGUACAGUUUCUUCUGCGGGCCCUGCUCCUGGUGUCAGAUGGCCCGGGAGAUGGAGACUCGCCUCCAGCCAAUCACACUCAUCAACGCCAGGGCCAAAUAAUCUAGAGCCAUCCCAUUCCUCUCGCUUCAACCCUCAGCCGACCCCCGAUCAGUGCUCAGCGGACCACGCAGAGCCACGGCUUGUUGUCCGCUGACCUGGGAUCAGUAAACGCUAAGGGAGUAAGGCACCCUAAACAAAGUGGCAUAAAUGACAUACACUCUCAAAACAGAUGUGUUCAAAACAACGCAUAACGUGGCUUUUUUUGUUUUUUUUUACCUCCAUGACUAGUUAAGGACAAUACAUUUUGUGUUAUGGUCUGUGUUUAAAAAAUAGUCUCCCUUCGCAAAAGUAGUAACAUUGACAGAAAACGUAUGUUGAAAAUAACACAAAUGUAGUCAUACAAAAAGUAUGAUGAAUUACCAUUAUACACACAACACAUCCAUUUUGUAGUGUAAAUGUUAUUGACAUGUUGUGGGAGUGUUUGAUAGAUCCAAACACUACAGGUUAUGUUAAUGGGGCAGAAUGGCCAUUAUGAGCCACUUGAGACAUUCACAAGGGCUAAGCCAUUCCUAGGAUCUUAUUUCUGUUACUGCUGUCUUGCUACAGCAUGAUUGAAGGAUCAUUGUCAUGAUUUUUAAGGGAGCGUCACUAUUGUUUAUUCAAUUAAUUUAAUUCUAUACUCUGAACAGUGAAAUAUCGAACAUUGGCUAUUUCAGUACCGUGAAAUAUAUGUGCCUGUAUCUGUAUAGGAUGCAUUAAAUAUGAUUAAAUAACACAAACCAAAACCUCUCUUUAAUAAGAAAUGAUUUCUAUUAUUAUUGAAUUUUGAGCAAUGGUUGACCUUUCAGAUUUGGUCCUCAGAAAACAUUCUUUAUGGUUUUGUACAUGGCUCUGUGAAAUAAUCAUCAAAUAAAAUGCUUUCCUUACA